AUGAAUUCAAAAACACUUGAAAUUUUAAACUUGUUAGAUGAAAAAUCAUUUAAGCAGAGUGAAAAAUUAAUUAAUGUUGGAUUAAAAAGUAAAAAAAAUGAAAAGAUAUAUUUACUUUUAAGAUGUUUACUACAUUCUUAUGUUAAUGAGAUUGAGGAAUGCAAACAAAUUUUAGAUGAAGUGGACAUAGAUAUUCUUGAUGAAAAUGUAUUUUUUAUUUUAGUUAAUAUUUAUACAAAUUUAAAUAAUGGGGAUAAAUUAAUUAAUUUAUAUGAAAAAAAAUUAAAAACAUUAGAAGAAAAUAAUAAGAAUAACACAAAAUUUGUAAAUAAAACAAAAUUAGAUAUAGAAAAGAUUUUAAAAAAUUUAUUUGAAUUUUGCCUUAAUAUAAGUUUUUUUAAGAAAGGCAGUAACAUAUCAUUAAAAUUAUAUAAAAACACCAAUGAAUCAAAAUACAUAUUUUAUAACACAUAUUUACUGUAUUUGAAUAAUUCUAAUAAUAAUAUUCAGGUUUAUAAUUUAUGCUUAAAUUUUUUAAAAAAUUAUAAAUAUUUAAAUAAUGGGAAAAUAACUGAAAGUUUUUCUUUUUUUUUGAUAUUCUUUUUUUUAAACAUAAAAUUGAGAAAUUAUAAUGAAUGUAUAGAAAUAAAUGAAUAUGCAAAAGCAAAUAAUUUUUUUUUACAUCCAUUACAGUAUAACAUUUAUAAAUUAUACAUAUAUUUUAUUUUUAAUAAAUUAAAAGAAUACAUAAAUAUAUUAAUUCAUUUAAUUAAAGAAAUACCAGAAAAUACUGAUUAUUAUAUUUUAUAUAUGGAUACCAUCAUAUAUUUAUUAAAUAAAAAUUCCCUUAAUGAUUUAGUGGAUGUUUUUAAAUAUUACAAAAACGAUUUAAUGUAUUUAGAAUUUUUUCAAAAGUGUCUUAUAAAUUAUUUUACAACAAAAAAUAAAGCAUUUCCAAAAAAUAUUUAUGAUUUUUGGAAUUGUUUUUUAGAACCCAAUAAUUCACAAGACUUUUUUAAAGAAAUGAUAAAAUACGUAAUUUUAUUAUAUGAAGAAAAUAAAGGAAAAAAUUCAUUUGAGGAUAUAAUAAGUAAAAUAGAAUUAGAUAUUGAAUAUUACAAAAACGAUAUUAUGAAUAUAUAUACGAAAUGUGAUGUUAGAGUAUAUUUAUACAUGUUUUUUUUAUUUUUAUUAAAGGAAAGCAAAAAUUAUAAUUUAUUUUAUUCCAUCAAAAACCAUUUGAGUUUUUUCAGAGAUGAUAUGAUAAUAAUUUUGGUAGUUUUUAUAAAAAUGGUUUUGAAAAUGUUAUACCCAUCUAUUAAAAAUGAGUUAAAGAAUUUAAAACAUUUAAAUAAGAACGAAAAGGAAAUAAGAAAAAACAUAAAAAAAAAAAUUUUUCAAUACUACAAGCAAAUAUAUAAUUUUGAAAAAUUAUUAUAUUUAUUAAAUAAAAAAGAUAUUGUUGAUUCAUUCAAUCGAUUUUUUAAUGUUUUUGUGCAAAUCACUAAUAAUAUGAAUGUGAGAGAUGAUAAUGUAGUUAUACUUUUGGUUGAAAUGGCUUUAUAUUUAGAUAAAAAUAAUAUAUGUAAAAAUGUGGAUAGAUGUAAUAUUAAUGAUAUUCAUUAUAUUCAUAACUUUUAUAACACGGAUAAUUCAAACACGGAUGAUUUUAAAAUCUUUUACGAUCAUAUAAGUAAAAUUGAUGAUUAUGAUAAUGAGAUUGAUGAAAAUGUAUCAAAAUAUCACUUUGAAAAUUUUCCUAAUUCCUUUGCAAAUAUAUAUGAAGAAGAAUGUCCAUUAAUGAAAAAAAUUAAUAUAAAAUUAAUAAACAGAGGUUACUAUAUUAUAGCACUUAGUAUAUUAAAAUAUGCGUAUAAUUAUCGUUUGAAAAUGACUGAAAAAGAAAAUAAAAAAAAAAAAAAAAAACCUAUUUUAAAUAAUGAAUAUAUAAAUGUAAUAGUUUUAAUGAUUUACCUAAACAACAUUAUUGGAAACUUCUCUAAUUUUUCUACAUUAAUUGAUAAGUUAAAUAUAAAAAAUAUACAACUAAUAACAUAUAGUCCAAUUUUAUUUAUUCAUAUCUACUAUUAUUCUUAUUAUAAUUUAGUUGAUAAUUUAUUAAAGGUUAUUUUAAAUUAUUAUAAUGUUCAACAGAAUAACUUAAAAAAUUCCAUAUCAAAAUGUUUCCAAAAUAACUCUUUUUUUAAAAUUAAUGAAAUUGUUAACUCAUACUUCUUAAAUUCAUCAAAUAUUAUUUUUUAUUUUAUUAAAUUGUUAUAUAUUUUAAAAAAGCAAGUAGAGGCGUCAAAAGGUGAUUUUUAUUUCAAUUUAUUUAGUAGUUUGAAAAACAAUUAUAUUAUAAAUAAUGAAUAUUCAACCAAAUUCCCGCUGAAAAAUUUAAGUUCAAAAAAUAAUUCUCUUAAAAAUAAGAAUAAUAAAAUAAAUCAUAUGGAAAAAGUUGAUGAUUCCACUAAAUAUAUCAACUCUGUUGAUAAUACUAAAAUUGAUGAAAACAUUGGAAAAGAUGCAUAUAAUAAUACAAUAAUUAAAAAUGAAGCGAAUAUUAUAGAAAAUAAUAAAUUACAUUUAAGUUAUAAUAAUGACACAAAUAAUAAUAAAUCCAAAAAUACUAAUAAAAAUAACUUUAUAAAAUUAUUACAAACAUUAAAUGAAGAUAUAAUUCAUGAUGAAUAUCCUUUAAAUGAAUUUUAUUCUAAGUUGAUGUUAGAUAAAUAUCACUUUUUAACUAUAGAUAAUCAAACCAUAUUAACUAAACUUAACAUUCCAUCAUUUCACUUUUCUUAUUACAAAUCGUUUGAUACAUUUUUUUAUAAUAAUAUAUUAUAUGAGUCAUUAAGUAAUAUAACAGAUUACGAGUUUUUAAAGGAAACAAAGGUUAUAAACCCAAUUGAAGCAAAUAAUAUUAAUAUGCUUAAAGAUAUAAAAACAAUUUACCCAUUAAUAAUUCUAUCAAAUUUUUAUAAUUUGAAAGGUAGUAUACACAUAAUGAAUCAUGAAAAUUUAUUAAAUUCCAGAAAUUUUAACGACAUUUUACAUUGUAAAACAGUAGGGGAUUAUCUAAAUAAUGAAAAAAAUAACACUUCUAAUGAAAAAAUAAAAAUUUUAACAAAUUACAGUAUUAAUGAACAUGAAGUAAACUUUUUUACUAGCUAUAACACAUAUGUAAGUUUUGAUAAAGAUAAUUAUUUUUAUAAAAACAAGUUCAUUUUUAAUAAUCAUAUAAAUAAUUUAAAAUUUAAUGAAUUUUCUACCACCUCUCCAUUUAAUAUUUGCUUAACAGAUUUAUUUAAUUAUCCACUUCAAACCGUUUAUUUAAAUUCUAUCAUUUUAAAUACUGUUAUAUAUAUUUUUCACAAAUCAUUUAAUUUUUAUUCUUUUGACGAUUUAAAAAAAAAAAAAGUAAUUAAUAAAAUUAAAUGUUCUUUUUUAUAUUUAAUAUAUAUAAUUAAUUAUUAUGAAUUAUUAGAUCAUGAACAUGAUGUUUUUAGUGAUGUUGAAUAUUUAUGUAGUAAAAAAAAUGAAGAAAAUGUUUUUAAUAAAAUAGAUAAUACUGAAAAUAAAAAUGAAAUGUAUUUAUGUAAUGAAAAUGAAAGUGAAGAAAAAGAUAUAUGUAAUAAAGAGUUAAUUUUUAAAAAUGGCUCUAAUAAUUAUGAAAUAAUGCAAGCAGCAUAUCAUAAUGAUUUGUAUAGUAAAGGUGCUACUUUAUAUUAUAAAUGCUUAAUAUUAAUUUUAAAUAUGUAUAUAAAAAUAAUGAGUAAUAGUGAUAUAAAUGAUACUAUUAGUAAAAUAAAAUUUGUAUACGAUAGAAUACGCAUUCAUUUAUAUAAAGAUAUAAAUGUUUUUAAACAAAUUUUAAUUAAUGAUGAAACAUAUCAAAUCAUAAAUUUAUCAUGUGUAUUUAAGCAGUAUAAUUAUCUUAUACAUAAUAUCACCAUUUUUUCAUUAAUAAUUCAAUAUAUAUAUCAAGGAAAAAAGAAAAUUUCUAGUGAAAAUAAUAUAUUAAUCAAAGAUUUAAUUAAUAAAAUUUAUUCUUUAUUAUCUGAAUUAAAUAAAGAUUUAUAUUCUUUGUUAGAAAUUUUAAAUGAUUACAAUCCAUUAAAAUCUUCAAUUUUAGAAACAUUUGUAUUUGAAUUGAUAAAUGAAAUUUCUUCUUUUUAUAAACAACUGAUUUUGAAUUUUUACAAUAUAAUUAAUAAUAAAAUAAAUAUCAUAAAGACAUACUUAUAA